AAGAGCAAAUGCAAAAGCGAAAGCAGGGAAGGGCCUAGCGUCGAAACCCUCACUCACUUCGAAACCGAGACUGCACUUUCCGAUGUCAUCGCCGCCGUCGCCGACGAUGGAGUCUCUCGUUCUCCACCUCCACGACAUCGCCGCUGUUAAGUUCGGAAACUUUAAGCUCAAAUCGGGAAUCUCCUCCCCUAUUUACAUCGACCUCCGCCUCAUAGUCUCAUACCCUUCGCUCCUCCGCCAAAUCUCCCAGACUCUCUCCUCCACCCUGCCCUCCUCUGUCCACUACGAUGUAGUCUGUGGAGUUCCCUACACCGCCCUUCCCAUCGCCACUUGCAUUUCCGUGUCGUCGGAUAUUCCCAUGCUUAUGCGCCGGAAGGAGAUCAAGGACUACGGCACCGCCAAGGCUAUUGAGGGGGCGUUCGAGCAGAAUCAACUGUGCCUUAUUGUCGAGGAUCUCGUCACUAGCGGCGCUUCGGUGCUUGAGACCGCGGCGCCUCUCCGUGCGGCGGGGCUGAAAGUGACGGAUGCCGUUGUUAUGAUUGACAGGGAACAAGGAGGGAGGGAAAAUUUGGCAGAAAAUGGAAUCACACUUCACGCCAUGGUUAAGCUGACAGAAAUGGUGAAGAUAUUGAAAGAGAAAGGGAGAGUAUCAGAGGAGACAGAGAGAAUGGUCAUGAAAUUCUUGGAAGAGAAUCGAAAGGUGUCAGUACCAUCAUUGGCUGUGACUGAGAAGGCCAAAGUUAGACUUCCUUUGGCGGAGAGGGCAAAGUUGGCAAAGAAUCCAACAGGAAAGAAGCUAUUUGACAUUAUGGUGCAGAAAGAGUCUAACUUGUGCUUGGCUGCUGAUGUUGCUACGGCUGCGGAGCUGCUUGACAUUGCUGAGAAGGUUGGGCGCGAGAUUUGCAUGUUAAAAACCCAUGUUGACAUAUUACCUGAUUUUACACCUGAUUUUGGAUCUAAACUUCGCUCGGUUGCAGACAAGCAUAACUUCUUGAUAUUUGAAGAUCGUAAAUUCGCUGACAUUGGUAACACCGUUACCAUGCAAUAUGAAGGGGGUAUUUUCCGUAUAUUGGACUGGGCAGAUAUCAUAAAUGCUCAUAUAGUUUCUGGACCAGGAAUUGUGGAUGGACUAAAAUUGAAGGGUUUAUCGCAUGGCAGAGGCUUGCUGCUGCUUGCUGAAAUGAGUUCCUCUGGUAACCUAGCCAAGGGUGAUUACACAGCUGCAGCAGUAAAAAUUGCUGAAGAUCAUCCCGAUUUUGUUAUUGGAUUCAUAUCUGUCAAUCCAGCUUCAUGGCCUAGCGGGCCGGGCAAUCCAUCCCUUAUUCACGCAACCCCCGGGGUUCAAAUGGUGAAAGGUGGAGAUGCUCUGGGACAACAAUACAACACUCCAAAUUCUGUGAUUGGUGAAAGAGGCAGCGAUAUCAUUAUCGUUGGGCGUGGAAUUAUAAAGGCGGCAAACCCUGCACAAGUGGCUCGGGAAUAUCGUGUUCAAGGAUGGGAGGCUUACUUGGCCAGUUGCAGUUGCAGUAGCAAGUAAGUUAAAUCUUUCUAACAUGUUCUUAAGACCAUAUCUGAUAAUGAGCUGCCUGCUUCUUGUUUGCCUUGUGUUGUUGACUGGCUAAAAUAAUUUUGGUUAUGUUAUGACAUUCAUUUCAUUGAA